AUGAUUUCUCCAUCCAAUCAGAACAGGUUCCUGAUCUGGGGCGGUAACGGCUGGGUCGCCGGCCACCUUGCAUCCCUCCUCAAAGACCAAGGCAAAACCGUUGUUACCACCACCAUCCGCAUGGAAAACAGGGAAGCUGUCAUUGCCGAGCUCGACAGAGUCCAACCCACUCACGUCAUGAACUGUGCAGGUUGCACCGGCCGCCCCAAUGUCGAUUGGUGCGAAGACAACAAGGCUGCCACCAUCCGCAGCAAUGUCAUUGGCACACUGAACUUGGCGGACGCUUGCGAGCAACGUGGUAUUCAUAUCAGUGUGUUUGCGACUGGCUGCAUCUAUGCUUAUGACGAUUUUCAUCCCAUCGGUGGACCUGGUUUCAAGGAGACUGACCCUGCCAAUUUCUCGGGGUCUUUCUACUCGGCUACCAAGUCGAAGGUUGAGGAGAUCAUGAUGAAAUACACCAACGUCCUCUGCCUCCGCCUCCGCAUGCCAGUCUCUGACGACCUACACCCCCGCAACUUCGUCACAAAGAUCACCAAAUACGAACGCGUCGUCAAUGUCCCUAACAGCAACACGAUUCUCUACGACUUACUCCCCGCUGCCAUCGUAUUGGCCGAAAACAACGAAAUUGGCAUCUACAAUUUUACCAAUCCAGGCGCUAUCUCUCACAACGAGGUGCUUUCAUUGUUCCAGAAAAUUGUAAGACCGAGAUUCAUGUGGAAGAACUUUUCGCUAGAGGAGCAGAGUAAGGUUAUCAAGGCUGGGAGAUCGAACUGUGAGCUUGAUAAUGGGAAGUUGGUGAGGAAGCUGGAGGAGUAUGGUGUGCAGGUUCCGGAGGUUCAUGAGGCGUAUGAGCAGUGCUUUAGACGUAUGGUCGAGAAUGGUGUUGAGUAA